GUGACUGUUGACACGUGGUGACCACCUGCCAGAUGGGGCCAGUGCAGAUCCGCCUGCUGCUUGCAGGUGUUCUCGUCGUCUCGCUGGUCGCCAACCUGUGCAUGCUGCUGCACACCCAGAACUUCCCGGAAGUCGUCGUGGCACGUGACGACCGCGUCCAAUGGGAGGCCAGGCAGAUGGUCUCCAAGGUCAUCGAGAGCUUUGACCUCCUGUCUGUUCAAUCGUCCAAAGCCCUGGUUCUAGACUCUCUUCUAAACUGCGUGUUAGACCAGCUGAAGCCGCCAGAGAAAGACGUCCCCAGCUACGGGUACCAGGUUCUGGAAAACCUGACCGUCCCUAACCUGGACGCACAGGUCUUGCAGGCCAUCAACCGGAAGCUGCUGGCUGAGGUGGAGAAGAAGAAGCAGGUCAUUUCCUUCCUCUCCCAGCCAAUCAUCGACAACCACGUCAGCUCCUACACGCAUAACCCAGAAAACGCAUGCGCGGAAGGUGAAACGGAAGUGCUUUUUGUUGUGCCUUCUGCUCCGGAGAAUUUUGAAAAAAGGGGAAAAGUUCGACAAAGCGAUAGAGGGGAAUUUGUUACUAAUGAAAGUAACAAAGCGAAACUGUUGUUUUUUCUUGGAAAACCGGAAAAUAACAACCAGACUAUACAGUCUAAAAUAGACGAGGAAGCUAACCAGUAUCAAGAUAUUGUGCAAGAAAACUUUCCAGACGUGUAUAAAAACAUCCGGUUGAAAGCCAUGUCCAUGUUGAAAUGGGCGAUAACCUACUGUAAACAAACGUCCUACGUCAUACGCACCGAUGACGACGUCAAAGUCAACACGUCUGAACUUAUCUCCAUAAUGAAACGGACCAAUGAAAAAUUCGAAAAUUUUAUUUUAGGAGACAAGAAAGAGAACUGGGAAGCGGUGAGGAAUAACGCCAGUAAAUAUUACCUCCCUGUCAGUGAGUAUUCUCAGAAGGUGUUGCCCCCCUUUGCCCUGGGUGGGCUACUGGGCUACCCGCUAAGCACAGUGACGUUGUUGUACAACGCUGCCCUCAGGAUUAAACCCAUCUGGCUGGAUGACGUGUUCAUCACGGGCAUAUGUGCCCCUAAAGUCAACGUGCCUUUAUUGACUGACCCCGGGUUCACGUUUGUUCAUAGGGCCUGGUGAUGACGCAAUAUUCUUGGUUUAACUGUUUGGUUUCGGUUAGGAUAUAGGCUCGUUUGGAUCAUUAACAAAUACUUUA